CCAUCUUGGCCUGGGAGGGAGCGGGCCGCACGCGUGAGUAAACAGACUGAGCCGGGAAAGCCGAGCUCUUGCAGCGUCCGGUUGCUGCGGGGCAGCGGUGGAGAGGACGCAGGCCUGGUCUUCGUACGUAGGGUCCGGGCCUCAGGGUGGCCGACAUGACGGCCCCGGGUCCAAACCCCCUCGCCCCGCUGUUAGAGACUUUGGAAGACCCUUCCGCCUCUCAGGGAGAGCAGACCGACGCUUACCUGACUCUGACCAGUCGUAUGACUGGAGAAGAUGGAAAAGAAAUCAUUGCAGAAAUUGAGAAAAAACUUUCUCGGCUAUUCAAAGCUUUAAAGGCUCACAUUGUCAGUCAAAACUCAGAGCUUAGCAGUGCUGCUCUACAGGCUUUGGGGUUUUGCUUAUAUCAUCCCAAAAUUUCCUCAGGAUUAUCAGAGACAGAUAUUCAAGAACUGCUUUCAAUACUGAAUGAUACUGUUAAGAGUUCAGAUAAAAAUGUACGUACUAGGGCACUUUGGGUGAUAUCCAAGCAGACGUUUCCUGCAGAAGUUGUUGGCAGAGUAGUAUCCAAUAUAAUUGAUUCAUUAGAAAUAGUAUUUAAUAGAGGAGAGAUGCAUUCUGCUGUUGUUGAUUAUGAAGCAUUAAAUGUCAUCAUAAGGCUAAUUGAACAAGCCCCAGUUCAAAUGGGAGAAGAGUCAAUUAGGUGGGCAAAACUGGUUAUACCUUUGGUGGUUCAUUCGGCCCAAAAGGUACAUUUGCGAGGAGCGACUGCUCUAGAGAUGGGGAUGCCAUUGUUGCUUCAGAAACAACAAGAAAUAGCAUCUAUCACAGAGCAGCUUAUGACUACUAAAUUACUUUCGGAACUCCAAAAGCUAUUUAUGAGUAAAAAUGAGACUUACGUGUUGAAAUUAUGGCCUUUGUUUGUCAAACUUCUUGGGAAGACCUUGCAUCGAAGUGGGAGUUUCAUCAAUUCUCUAUUACAGUUGGAAGAACUGGGAUUUCGUAGUGGCACACCCAUGAUUAAAAAAAUAGCUUUUAUUGCUUGGAAGAGUUUAAUAGAUAAUUUUGCUUUAAAUCCAGAAAUACUAUGUAGUGCAAAGAGACUGAAGUUAUUAAUGCAGCCUUUGAGUUCCAUCCAUGUGAGAACAGAAACUCUAGCACUGACAAAACUAGAAGUCUGGUGGUAUUUAUUGAUGAGACUAGGACCUCAUCUUCCUGCUAAUUUUGAACAGGUUUGUGUACCUCUGAUUCAAAGCACCAUAAGCAUCGAUUCCAGUCCUUUGCCUCAAGGCAAUUCAUCUCGUGUAGCUACUUCUCCAGGUUUAAAUCCUAUGAGUCCUAUACACAAAGGUGCUUCUCCAUAUGGAGGUCCUGUAACUCCCCGGAUGAACUUGAGUUCAAAUUUUGGUGGAAUGGCCACAAUCCCCUCUAUUCAACUUUUGGGGCUUGAAAUGUUGCUUCAUUUUUUAUUGGGUCCGGAAGUCUUGAGUUUUGCCAAGCAAAACAAACUAAUACUGAGCUUAGAGCCACUUGAACAUCCGUUAAUCAGCAGCUCUUCUUUUUUUUUCAAACAUGCAAAUACGCUUAUCACUGCUGUUCACGAUAGUUUUGUUGCAGUUGGAAAAGAUGCCUCUGAUGCAGUUAUCAAUGCUAUUUGGAAGGAGCUAAUUAGCUUGGUGAAGUCAGUUAUUGAAUCAGGUAACAAAAAAGAGAGGCCAGGUUCUGAAGUUUUGACCCUCUUACUGAAAUCUUUGGAAAGCGUGGUGAAAUCAGAAGUAUUUCCUGUGUCAAAAACACUGGUCCUCAUGGAAAUUACAAUUAAAGGACUUCCUCAGAAAGUAUUAGGUUCUCCAGCAUAUCAGGUUGCUAAUAUGGAUAUUCUUAAUGGAACUCCUGCUUUGUUCUUAAUUCAGUUAAUUUUCAAUAAUAAACUCUUGGAAAAUGGUGUAGAAGAUGAAAGGUUUUUUCUCAACCUGGAAACACUUGUACGCUGUGUUCUUUCUGGUCCAACUUCACCACUAGCUUUCAGUGAUUCUGUCUUAAAUGUUAUUAAUCAAAAUGCAAAACAGUUGGAAAACAAGGAGUAUCUUUGGAGAAUGUGGAAUAUUAUAGUCACUCCAUUAACUGAACUGAUUAAUCAGACCAAUGAGGUGAAUCAAGGUGAUGCCUUAGAGCAUAAUUUUAGUGCUAUCUAUGGUGCAUUGACUUUACCAGUAAACCAUAUUUUUUCAUCACAAAAAUUUCCAGCGGCCACCAUGAAGACCUUACUUAAAACUUGGUCAGAAUUAUAUAGAACAUUUGCCCGCUGUGCAGCUUUGGUGGCAACAGCAGAAGAGAAUUUAUGUUGUGAGGAACUUUCUUCCAAGAUAAUGUCCAGUUUGGAAGAGGAAGGCUUUUCAAAUUUGUUGUUCUUGGAUAGGAUCACUCAUAUUAUUACUGUAAUGGUUGAUUGCGUUGACUUUUCACCAUAUAAUGUUAAAUAUCAGCCCAAAAUUAAAUCACCGCAGAGACCUUCAGAUUGGUCCAAAAAGAAGAAGGAGCCCCUAGGGAAAUUGGCUUCUUUAUUUAAACUUAUUGUGAGAGUGAUCGAUUCUUUCCAUACUCUGAGCCUCAAGGAAGUACAUUCUGAUACUCUCCUCGCUAUCGGCAACUCCAUCAUCAGCAUUCUUUCCAAUGUACUUGGACAUGUUUCUUUACCUUCUGUGAUCCGAAAAAUAUUUGCAACUUUAACAAGACCUCUGGCGUUACUGUAUAAAAACUCAAAGCUCGAUGAAGUUCCUAAAGUGUAUAGUUGUAUGAACAACAAGUUAGAAAAGCUACUGGGAGAAAUUAUUUCUUGUCUACACUUCAGCUGCACUGGAGCUUAUGACAGUGAACUUCUUGAACAGAUCUCGCCAUUAUUAUGCGUAAUAUUUUCACACAAGAAUAAACAGAUUCGAAAACAAAGUGCUCAGUUCUGGAAUGCCACAUUUGCUAAAGUGACAAUGUUGAACUACCCUGAGGAGUUAAAACCAAUACUAAUACAAGCCAAACAAAAAUUUCUGCUUCUGUUGCCUGGUUUGGAAAAUGUUGAGAUUAUGGAGGAAUCCAGUGGACCAUAUUCAGAUGCAACAGAAAAUUCACAGUUAAAUAUGACAAUAAGUGGCAUGGAAAGAAAACCAAGUGGAAAAAGAGAUUCCUUUUUGGCACAAACAAAGAGUACAAAAGAAAGUGUGAAACUACCUGCCAAAUUGCCACUAGACUCUUCAACUCCAAAACCAAAGAGUGAAAUGCCUUUGGAAGAAGAAAAGUCUACUGACUUUGUGUUUAUACCUCCAGAAGGAAAAGAAGCAAAAGAAAGAAUACUAACUGAACAUCAGAAAGAAGUAUUCAAAGCAAAGAGGUGUGAUAUUCCUGCCAUGUAUAAUAAUUUGGAUGUUUCACAAGAUACUUUAUUUUCUCAGUAUAGUCAGGAAGAAUCUAUGGAAAUUCCUACUUUAACUGAAAAAUCAAAGGAACAUUCCAAGAUGGUACUUAAGGAAGAACAAAAGGAGAGUGACAGUGUCAUGCCUCAGCUUGUCAUGGAAAACUGUGGUAUGGAUGAACAUCUUGAAAAGGCUUCCUUUUCGAGUAAUGAGUGUGGUUCUAUUGAGAAAACCAGUCCAGAAAUACUGAGCAGUAAUAAUGAUGCCAGAAAAAAAGCUUUAAUUGCAUCAAAGAAAACGCCGACCGAAUGUGCACCUAGUACAGAAAAUACUUAUGGUGUCAGCAGUAGCUCUAAUGCCACUAUUCCUGGAGCUCCCCCACAGCCUACAAGUCGAAGGCAGUCCUUUAUUACUUUGGAGAAGUUUGAUGGUUCAGAAAAUAGACCUUUUAGUCCAUCCCCCUUGAAUAACAUGGCAUCAACUGGUACAGUGAAAAAUAACCAGGAAGGCACGACUAAAACAGAUAAUCCACCAAAAGCAAAGAAAAGAGAAACGGCUCUUUCAAAAUCUGACUCUGAAAAAAUAGUGCAUGGGAGUAAGAGAUCAGGCCGAAGGUCAAGUAAAUCUGAACAAACAGGGAAUAAAAAGUCUAAGCCCUUAAUGAAGUCUGAUCAGGCAAAAAGUACUCAGGAAUCUGCUGAUGGCAUGGUAGCCUUAGAAAAUAACCCACCUGAUUUGCUUAAUCAAACAGAAUGUGUGUUAGAUAAUCAGGUUCAUCUCUCUGAAUCUACAGUGGAGUGUGAGGAUAUAAUGCUUAAACCGACAGUAGAAAAUGCUGUGUUAUUAGAAAACAAUACUGUAGAAGAGAAAGCCUUAGAAAUAAAUUUGGAGUCCAAAGAAAAUACACCCCCAGCCAUAAUAACAGCAGAUCAAACAGUAAAUGAGGAUAGUCACGUUCAGAUAACUUCAAAUCAAAAAACCCUUAGACGAUCUUUAAGACGACGUUCAGAAACAACAGAGUCAACCACUGAUAGCCAAGAUAAAGAAAAUAAUCAUCAGAAAAGGGAAAGACGUAAGGAAGAAGAAAAGACUCUUCAGAAAAGUCCACUGCAGGUAAAAGAUGAUUUGUUACCUAAACAAAAACUGAUUUCUGAACAAACUGUACAGGAAAAUUUAAUUGAGAAAGGAAAUAAUUUACAUGAGAAGACUUUUGGGGAAACCAGCACUAACUCUGAAACUGAUGAAAAUAGAAGAAAGCCAGAUCUUGAGAAUACUAUAUCUGAGGGAGAUGGUGCCCAGGACAUUGCAGAUAAAUCCUCUGAGAAAUCAGUAAGGGGACGAACACGAUACCAAACAAGAAGAGCAUCCCAGGGUUUACUUUCCAGCAUUGAAAACUCAGAAUCUGAUAGUUCUGAGGCAAAAGAAGAGAGUUCUAAAAAGAAGAGAUCUGGAAAAUGGAAAAACAGAAGCAAUGACAGUGUUGACAUUGAAGAUCCAGAAGAGAAAAUGGUAAAACAGGAAUGUAUAAAAGUUGAACAUGAAACACAUGAUUAUAAAGUGAAUUUUGAAGUAGACACAGACAUAAAAUCUCAGAUCUGUGAAAAAGAUGAAAAUAAUACUGUAAUUCUUCAAGAUUCUACAGCAUCUUCAGACUUACUACAAGUUUCUGAUGAUGUAGCAGCUACUUAUGAGGGAAAAAGUAGAACUAGCAGAUAUUCAGAACAUCCCUUUUUAAAUCUUCCUGUACCAGAAUCAAAUCUAAGGACUAGAAAUGCCAAUAAGAGAUUGCAUAAGCGCGAUUCUGUAGAAAAUAGUGUGGGGGAAUCUUCAAAAAUAGGGACAGCAGAUAUUUCUUUGCUUUCUGAAAAAACUCUCCAGACACUUGAAUGCCAACACAAGAGAAGUAGGAGGGUGAGGAGAUCUAAGGGUUGUGAUUGCUGUGGAGAAAAGUCACAGCCUCAGGAAAAGUUAGUUGGGUUAAAGGACACAGAAAAUUAUGAUGUAAAGGUCAGUGAAACAAAAAAGACAGAUGUGCAAACACCUGUAACUAUCUCAGAAACUUCUAAAGCUGAUCUGCACUCUGAAGUAAAACUUUUAGAUGAGCAUCAUACUGUGAAUUUUCAUUUAGAUCUCAAGGAGGAGAAUGAUACUACUAAUGAUUCACCAAUUGUGUCUGAAACUGAGCUGAAAGAAAAUACUAUUCAAGACUCUCUUCCUUCUGGAAUGGUAAAUUUUAAAGAAACCUGUGAUAGGAAUUCUAAGGAACCAAUAUCUCUUGAAAGUCAGGAGCCAUCCAGUAAAAAAUGUAAAACUAGUGGCCUAUGUUUAGAUGAUACCAAAGAUACUUCACUGGAAUGCUUUACUUUGGAGACCAAAGAAAAGCCAGAGGCUAUCUCAAAAAAGGAAUUGAGUAUAGAGAAUAUUGUUAAUGUUGAAGCAGAUGCAUGUGAAGUAAAAGCAGAAAUGAAUCCAGAAGAAGUAGAUGCUAUGGAAUUGGAUGUUGAAAGUGGUAAAUCUGAAGUUAGCGUCUCUGAACAAAAGAGUGUCAAAACUGGUAUUUCGGAGGAAGAGUUAACUGAAGAAAACAGUGAAAGAAGGGAUGAAUUUGAAGCAGAUGCAGCUGAAGAAGCAGUAACUGAGGAUUCAGGUAUUGGUCAUUCUGAUAAUAGCACACCUGUAAAACUGAGUGCUCAGAUAGAGGUUUCUGAACAGACAGCAGUUGGGGAACUAGACAGAGGAGGUAAUGAAUCUAAUCCAGACUCAUCCGAAGAAAUGAAUGCUGAAAUGGGAAGUUGUGCAGAAACAGUGAUUGGUGAGGUGACUGCUGAAACUGACCAUGUCAGUGAAGCACAGGAUGAGGACUUGACUAUCAAAGCCUCUGAGCCUGUAGAAGCUGAGAUGAAGAGGUUAAAUGUAGAAAUCAACAACUUUGUUCCUGACACACUUGAGACGAGCACUAAAGAAGGAAACGUUAACUCUAAUAAAACUGAAACAAAUACUGAAUGUAAUGAAUUUGAGGAAACAAAAUUAGAUGACAAUCAAAUGGUAGCGGGAAAUGAUGGAGUUUUACAAGAAGAUCAUCAUACUUCAGAGAAAGUGGAGGAAACAGCACAAUCUCUGACUUCUGGAACAGCUGUCUCUGAACUUAUAUCAGAAGACAAUAAUACAUCUCCUCAAAAAUUAGGGGAUCUUGAUCCUUUACUCGCAUCAGCAAAUGACAGUCCUAGUGGCGUGCAAGCACGCUGUGUCUGGUCUCCUUUGGCUUCUCCAUCCACCAGCAUUUUAAAGAGAGGACUAAAAAGAUCCCAAGAAGAUGAGAUCUCAUCACCUGUUCACAAGGUUCGCCGUGUCUCCUUUGCAGAUCCAAUAUACCAAGCAGGGUUGGCAGAUGACAUUGAUAGACGAUGCUCUACUGUUAGGUGCCAUUCUUCAAAUAGUUCUCCCAUGGUAAAAAGUGUUAAAACUUCACCUACUGCACAGUAUAAGCAUAAUACCACUUCAGCCAAAGGAUUUCUGUCCCCAGGAUCACGUAGCCCUAAAUUUAAGAGCUCAAAGAAGUGUUUAAUUGUAGAGAUGGCUAAGGAAUAUAUGCCAUGCCCAACAGAAAGCAUUUACCCUGCCUUGAUGAACUGUGUGGCACCAGUUGACAUCAUUUUACCUCAGAUUACGUCCAACAUGUGGGCAAGAGGACUGGGACAACUCAUCAGAGCCAAGAAUAUAAAAACAAUUGGUGAUUUGAGUACUCUUACAGCAUCUGAAAUAAAAACUCUUCCUAUACGUUCUCCAAAAGUGUCUAAUGUAAAAAAGGCUCUCAGAAUAUAUCAUGAGCAGCAGGUGAAGUCUCGUGGACUAGAAGAGAUUCCAGUUUUUGAUAUUUCCGAAAAAACAAUGAAUGGAAUGGAAAAUAAAUCUCUCUCUCUUGAUGAAGAAAGACUUGCCUCAGAUUUAAUUGAUCCUGUUGCUUUAGAGAGUCCACUGUCAAAAAAUCUUCUGGCACAGAUUAGUGCACUAGCUCUUCAAAUGGACUCAGAAGAUCUCCAUAAUUACUCAGGAAGCCAAUUAUUUGAAAUGCAUGAGAAACUUGGUAGCAUGGCAAACUCUAUAAUCAAAAAUUUGCAGUCACGUUGGAGGUCACCAGCCCACGAAAAUUCUAUUUAGUAUUUUAAGAGAAAAUUUAAGUUUAAAAAAAAAAUCACUGAUUUACUGAUUUCAUAAAAUAAGUUCUGGUAAUAUAGCACAAUUUCAGACUGAAUGAUUGUGAAGUUGGUAACAUUUCAAACUCUGAAAGUCAAAUGAUUUAUUCAGUAAGUUCACUUUGGUGAGAGCAUUUUUUUCCUGUAUAAUGUGUUUUCUUGGUUGCUAUGUGUAAUUUUUCCAAAAAUUUAAAUUAUCUUACUGAAAUGUGAAAGCAAAAACUAGGAACAAAAGCAUACAUUUUAUUUCACUUAUGUAUAUUCUAAUGAAGCAUUUUAUGUAAGUGCUUGUUCUCAGUAAAAUUGAAAAUUUUUAUUUGAACUUUUUGCUGAACUGAUAGGUGUUUAUACUUGAUUUCUUUUUCUAAAUUUAUAUUUGCUAUGCCUGAGGUUUAAGAAAUUUGCUCUUGGUAAAACACCCUAAAUGAGAUGCAAAAGAAUUGGAACUUUUUUUGUAGAUGUCAACUUCAUUUGGACAACCUUCAAAAACAGCAAAAGUUUCAAUUUGGGGGUUAAAUAUAAUAGCAGAAUUUACUAAGAUUCAUUCAUUUGCAUUAGCAAAUAUUUAUGCAGCAACAUUUGCCUGUGAAAACACUCCUAUGAGACAUAACAUUCAUCUAAAAUGCACGAUUAUUUGUACAUUAUGUAUAGAUUAAGUUUUUAAUUUAUAAAUUUCAGUCUUCGUUAAUUGCAUGAGUUUUUCUGCAGCCUCUUGUGAAUACCUUUGUUUUGUUUAAUAGAAAUAUUUUGUAUAUAUUGAAUACUGAGCUAUCAGUAUGGACAAUAGAAGUGCUUUGUGGGCUUGCUGCAGAUGUUUGUAGGAUUCUGUAUCUACAAAUAAAACAACAAAUAGUUUUGUACUUAGUUAAUAUUCUUAGUUGAAACAUGAUUUUCUAAAGUAAGCAGAACAAGUAAAGUUAUAGUUGAGAAAGUGUUACAUGACAACUUUGCUGUUCAUGCCCAUAACCUUUUUUUUUUUUUUUUGGUUUGGAAGAGGGUAACAGCCACUAGAAAGCGUGCCACAUUACAUUUCUUUUUAAUGAGGAUUUAGCUUGAAUAUUUUAAAUAUAACUUGGAUUAUAAGAAGUCUAGAGUUUAUCUGCUCUUUUCAACUAUACCUAAAGCAUACUUGGAAGAAAUUUGAAAUUGUUCUUUCAAAAUAAUGUGUGUUUUAACCUAGUUUAAAAUAAUAGGGUGUAUAUAAUUAAAACAUUUGUAAAUUUUACCAACUAGUAUUAGUGCCUAACUUUCCCAUAUUUGUUUCCUCUUUUUAACGGUGAGAAUGUCUCAUUUGUUCUCUGAAUAGAAUGAGUGAGCCUUAGUUUCAGACUUACUCGGAACUAACCUUUACUUGAAAAGGCACACAUUCUUCAUCAACUUAUGGAAAGUUUAAUCCUUGUGUCUGGUUAGCUCUAUAUGCAGAAGGGGACUGCCAAAUAGUCACAAUAAAAGUUAGUGUUUUUUAUAAUAAAUCCAUUAUCAUUGUAUUAUAGAUAUUUUGAGAUUUAAGCUUGAUAUUUAUAAUACUGAGGAUGGUUUUAAAAGAAAUUCUGGGACCAUUGAACUGAGGAUUGCAGCUUGGAGAAAUAAUAACGAACAAAUAGGAAUUUUAAAAACAGUUAUAAUUAUGGUUUAAGUAUGUCUAUCAUUUACUUCCCAACUUACACGUAACAGUAAAAGGGCAUACACAUUUUUAGUGAACAGGUAUGAGUAAGAGGAGGGAUGUGUAAAUACGUGUUUAUAGGAGGCAGAAUUAGCUCAUUUCUUGACUAUAUAUUUUUAUGUUUGUGUGAACUAACUUCCUGGUGGGAUGAAGUUCUUGGGAGGGUGAACAGUAUAGCAGAAAAUGUGACCAAAAUGAUUACCAUUUACUUAAAUGGCUUGAUGCAAGCACAAAUUUUAAUUUAAAAACAUUGUGGUUCAAUAGAUAGAUAUUUAAAAAUAUUUGAGGGCAAAAACCGGUUUGCUAAUCUUUGUUUAUGUAAUAAUGAGUAUAUAUUUAAGGCAUUUUAUUUUCAGUAUUCUUAAAAUUUACUACAAAUUUUUCUUUGAAUGAUUCCUAAAUACCAAAAAGCAUUAAUAUUCCUUGAUCAGCUCCAGUGUGUGCUGUUUCACUGCUAAAAGUGAAAUCAGUUUUUUCCCAAAUAUUUUCUAAUGGUUAAUAAAACAUAGCAAAUAUUAGUAAGAUUCCUCAAAUGUGAUUUCUUAUUUUAUGCAUUUAUAAGAAUCUAGUUAGUUACAUGCAGAACCAUACUAUAAUUUUUCAUGUUCCAAAAUGGAUAGUGGAUUUUAAGUUUUUAGUAUUUCAGUGAGUCUAUUAUUAAAAGAUACUCUGCUGUUUCAACAAGUUUGAAAGCCACUGUUGAACAGUAUGGAACCUUAGUUCUAGACUCCUUGUAGAGUAUAGGAUGUGUCAGGUUAAGGAAUAAUGUAAUAUGUUAAUACAGUCAAAAAUAAGGUUUAAAUGUGAACUUCAAAAGCAUGGUAGAUCGUGACAUUGCCCAUGUUUGUUUUUUCUUUGCAGCUUGAAAAUAGUCAAGUAUUCUAUUAUAUAUUUAAAAAUCAUUAAAAUGUUAAAGUUGGAUUAUAUAUCUUGCCUAAAAUAAAGGUGGCAGGGCAAAAAGCAAAAGUAUGGAAAAAUGGGAGAAGUAUAUGAAAAAUAAGUAAGUUUUGAGUUUUUUUGCUUUUUAAAGGAAUGAGAAUAGUUAAAAGUGCUGUUUAAAAGGGAGGCAUAGGUGAAAUUUAACAAAAAUGUGACUGAAAGGGGGCACAUUUUCCCUCCAUGCCAUUCCUUCCAACUUUGAUUUUAUAGUCUAGUAAGAAGGGCCUAGAUUCCAUCUCAUAUUGUUGAUAAUUUUCAGGGAGAUAAUUUGUCAGUUAGUGAUUGUUGAUAUUAUUAGGCUAAAACUCCAGUCAAGGGAGGGAGCUGCUUACUCACUAGUACAACUCACGUCUACUUUAUCCCUAAGCCAUUAAGAAGGUCUUGUACUUUGUAUACAACAUUAGAGUGAAGUUCUGACUUUUAACUCGGUGCUUCUCAAACUUGCUUGUAUAUGUAACAAUGCAAAUUCUGAUUCAGUAAGUCUGUGAUGGGCACCUAAUAGUUCAUUUCUAAAAAUUCCCAUGUGAUCUAUACAAACGCUAAUGUCUGAACUGCAUUUGUAGUAGGGAAGCGGAAGAGACUUCAAACUAACAAUUAGGUUUUGUUAACCCAAGCAGAUUUAAGUCCUUAGAAUUAUUGCCACAAAUGAUAAAAGCUAGUCUUUUUAAAAGUAACUUUUCAAAUUUAUAAUUGAGGAUGCAGACUUGUCUUCAAGCUUUCAAAUUAAAGUUCAGAAAUUUAAAUUGUUAAAGGUAGAAUUUUGCCUCAUUUGGAGCCUUUUAAAUAUGGAAGACAAGUAUUUUAUGUUAUAAAGAACUUUAUUAAGCAAUUUAGACAACGUGGAGUCUUAGGAGUAUUUGUGGAUUAUGUUCUGAUUUUUUGUUGAUAUAAAGGUAAAUUUUCACAAUAUUAGGCAUUUAGUCUCUUGCAUGAAUCUUGCCUUCUAACUUACAAGACUUCAUUACUUUAUUAAUGAACAUAUAAAACAGACUACCCCUAACUAAGAUUAAUUUGGCAGUAAAAUUAGUAGUGCCAUAAGUCAGUUCUGACAAAUGUGCCUUGUCAUUUUACUGAAGGUCUCUGGUGACUGCUGUUCUGUUACAUAGUUGAAAGUUAGUAUUUCAUUGUAAAAUGGGGUUGAGGGAGUUGAAUAACCUGAUUCUCUAAAAUGAGUUAAUUUCUUGGUGUUCUGUUAAGAUGGUAUAUUCCCUUAUCCAAAGCACUUAAGGAAAUGUCACCAGAAGUGAAGUAAUGGGUUUUAAAAAUUGAUUUAUGAGAAUUUAUUGAUUGCUUGAGUUGUAAAACACAUCUGGGUUUUGUGGUUUCUGAUGGCUCCAUUAAUGAUAUCUUUUAUCUGCCAGGCCUUGUAUAUUGCUUUUUGAAAGUACCCAUCAAAAUCUGAGUCAUUUGUGUUUGAAGAUCUACAGAUACUUAAUAGAUGAGUAGUCUAACAUCAUUUUGAGUGUUUACUCAGUUCUUGGAAUAGAAUCUUAAAUUUUACAAUGUGGUCUUAACCAUUUUUUUCUUUAUAUGCCAAGCCUUUCACCAAAGAAGAAUUAAAACCAAACAUGAAGUGCCAAGCUGUAAAUGCUUACUCCCCUGAAAUAUGCCAUUAGAAUACAAGGUAAUCUCUCCCCUUAACUGUGAGUAUAAAAUUGAAGGCAGUAUUUAAAUUGAUGUCACAUGGAAGAAAAAACCUAUGUAACUUUUGGUCCUCUACCUGUAGUAGAGGAGACAAUAGCAUUAGGCCAGUGUGCCAUUUUAUAAUUGUGGUUGAAAUUAAGCUUAUUAGACAACAAGCUUAUAUGCUAAUAGAAAUUGAUGCACUGAUAAAUGAUUAAGUGAAGUGAAAGGGAAAGACAGACUGAGCUGAAAUAUUGAUAAAGCAAUUAGGCCGUUAAGUAUAGGGACAAAGAGUUCUAUGUAUUUUGCAAGUAACUUAAAUAAUUUUGUAGUCAGUAGUCUGAGAGUUACUGUAUACAUAACACUGUACCAUAAUCAAUGUUUAUAAGUACCUUGAGUAAGUAUUUCAAAUACAUUAUUAUUUAAUAUUCUGCCUCCUCCCCCAAUUAGUAAAUAUUUCCAACAAAAGGCAUUCCUUAAAUGGAUAAACUGCAUAUAACUAGAAAGUGCACCUUCAAAAUAAAGUGAGGUGGAACUGAAAAUGGAAUAUAGUAUAGUGGCUAUUUUGAUACUUAACCAAAUAAUUAACAAGUGUCUAAAAAGUUCUUUAUUUUUAUGGGUGGAAAUUUUCUUAUAGAAAAAAUGGAAUUGAGAACAAUCAAUUUUGAGUAUAGAAAAUGAAAGAUGACAUUCUUACCUAGUAGGUUUUUAAAGAGCAGGGCCUGCCACCUAUUUUCACAUCUAAUGAGCUAAGAAUGGUUUUUUACAUUUUCUAAAUGGGUGGAAAAAAAUCAAAAGAAGACAUGAAAUGUAUACAGUUUAAAUUUUAUUGCUGGCAAAUAAGGUUUCACUGGGACACAGCCAUGCUCAUUUACUUAUUUGGCUGUUUUCCUGUGUCAGUGGCAGAACUGAGUAGACUGACAGACUGUGUGGCCUGUAGUACUGAACGUAUUGACUAUUAUCAGGCCCUUUACAUAAAUUGUGCCAGUCCUUGUCAUAAGAGAUAGUUUUGUUCAUAUAUGAAAUAUAGUCAAUUUGGUUACUUCUAGCUGGCAGAAAAGGGAUUUUGUUUCCUUAGUUUCUUAAUUUCUAUUGCUGUUUAGUUUACUGUAUAUAAUGGGUUCCCCGAUUCCAUUUAUAUCUUACUGUUGCUCAAAUACUCAUAUACUAGGAGAUACUAGUACUUUUUAGGUACACAUUUUCCUCCUAAAACUCUUAAAUUAUUGUUAUAUGUUUGCCAUGGGUUAUUGGACGUGUUAUGUGAAGGAAGGCAACUGGCACUAAUUGGUUAAAUUACAUCUGUGAAACAAAUUGGGGGGUUUGGGAAGUUUGCCUUCUGUGUUGAUGAGUAAUCGAUUGCUUGCAGUGUAAACACUACCUCCUGUGGAUAGACUUGACUAAUACGCACUUAGAAAAGGACUGAGAAGUCAAAUCAGUCAUUUAUUAGCCCUACAAUAUUUUUGUUUUCAUCAUUUGAAAAACUAAAGAGCUUAGUUUUACAUUCAGAAAGUAUUUAUAUUUGAUAAGUCAAAUAAUUUAAGUUGAAACUUCAUAGAAUUUCUGUUCAUUCCUCAGUUGACUGCAUUAGUAAAUGGAAAAUAAGGGUGCAGUCGGUUUUGUUUGUGUAAUGCUUUAUACAGUGUUUGAAGCAGGUAGACCUAUACUAAAACUGUAUUUUCAGGCUCAUUAUGACUGGGUUGAGGGAGAGAGAACCUGUGUCUGAUCCACAGUAAAACUUUCAUGGUAUAUUGAGAUUUGACUGUUAACAAUUGCCAGUUGAAACAUGAUACUGAAAAAUUUUUGAAGAAAUGCACUUUAAUCUAAAAUAAAAAAAAAACUAAAGAA